AUGAAGAGCUGGCUCCGGACGCUAGGCCUUACGGCCCUGCUAGCAGGCCAUGUCCUUGCCAAUGAGGUGGAAAUAAAAUCCGAUGGAGCGCACAAUCAACGAUGCUCAGGGAUGUACAGCCGCAAAGCUUGGGGAGGGAGCGUCGACCCCUUUAUCUUGGUGAAGUUUACCAAGUCCAACGUACCAGCGGGCGACCCUCUCGCCAGCUUGAUUAUAUUUGAAUGGAACGACGAGGACUUGAUUGGCGAGUACCGGAACAAUGGCGAUGAGAUCAAGGAAACCAUCUGCGAUGCAGCCAACGUCGAUGCGAAGCUUUGCACAGAAGACCAGAUUGGCGCCUUCCUCCUGACCAAGAACGCGACCGAUGUUUCCCAGAACGCCAUCCUCUCUACCGCUGUCCACCUCAACAACCCGGACGCCAUCAAAUACUCCGUCCGGAAGACCGGUUUUUACUGUGUCAGCACCUACCCAUACUCCGGAGAGGAUUACGGGGCUGUGGUGACUUUCCGUAACUCGUACGGCGAGCUUCCCGCUGCCCAAAUUGCCAAACUUCCGUUCUACGGAGGCCUGACCAUUGUUUAUGCUGUCAUUGGAUGCUUCUGGGCAUUCCUCUACUUCCAAAACCGCUUCGAUAUCUUGCCUGUCCAAAACUACAUCACUGCCAUUGUCGUCUUCUUGGUUGUUGAGCAGCUGAUGACAUGGGGAUUCUAUGAUUACCAAAACCGUCAUGGACUGAAUGGCAUGGGCAAGGCAUUAAUGGUCAUCGUUGCGAUUCUCAAUGCAGGCCGCAAUGCUUUCUCUUUCUUCCUCCUGCUCAUAGUGUGCAUGGGCUAUGGUGUUGUCAAGCCCUCCCUUGGUCGGACAAUGGUCUACGUCCGCAUCCUGGCCAUUGCGCACUUCAUCUUUGCGGUCGUCUACUCUAUCGCCAGUCUUUCAAUCACUCCGGACAGUGCCGGUCCCCUGGUGCUCCUAAUUGUUCUUCCUCUCGCCGGAACCCUGACGGCCUUCUACGUGUGGACGCUGAACUCGCUCAAUGCUACCAUGAAGGAUCUGAUUGAUCGGAAGCAGAAGACCAAGGCGCUCAUGUAUAAGAAGCUCUGGUGGUGCAUCCUCGGCAGCAUCAUUGUGAUUUUCGGCUUCUUCUUUAUCAACUCGUUCGCCUUCGCUGGCCACAGCGACGCCAGCUUCGUGCCAGAGCACUGGAAGGCUCGGUGGUUUGUCCUUGAUGGAUGGCUCAAUCUAGUUUACAUGUUUGACAUUAUCUUUGUGGCUUACCUUUGGCGACCAACAGCCAACAACCGACGCUUCGCCAUGAGUGAUGAGCUUGCUCAAGAUGACGACGGCUUCGAGAUCCGCUCCUUUGGCAGCGGUCUGGAUGAGGAAGACCCCUUGGAGGCACCUCCAGAGUACCCCGGUAGCUCGAACCGCCGCGACCUGUCGCCCGUUCCUCCCAAGCCGGUGAACUCGGGCCAGCGUGAGCGCCCUUCUCUGGAUGAGGAGACCAUUUUCGCCGUGGGCGAGGAUGGGGACAAGUGGUCCGACGACGACGAGUCUCCUCGCAACUCCAGCGAGAGACAAAGGCUUACCCAGUAA